UUUUCAAGUAAACCAAACUGAAUCAUCCGUUAAAGUAGAACCUCGAAAUUCAUUUGCUAACAACCGGAUUAUUAUGCAGAAAGUAAAUAGCUUCACGGUGAUCGAUGUUUUCUUAACUGAUAUUGUUGUAGUGAGGUUGGUUUCGGACACAGAAACGUAAAUUGUACAGCUCAUUUCUCUCUGGCCUUUCCUAAUAUAUGUUUUUCACAGUUUACAACCGCACUUGUCUAAACUACCAUUAUGUUUUUGUCGCAUCAAUCAAUGUAGAUUAACAACCAAAGUCCUUGAUUGUGCAGCUUACUAUUCGAGAACCCAAGUGUUUUCUUUAGGCACAGUACUUUAUAAAACCUAAACGAUUUCUCUACCUAACGACUCUGUUAUAUCUUCAGUAACUAUCUCGAAAUGUCUCUUUUGAUAUUAAGAAGUUCGUGACUGAGUGGGUCAGGGUGAUGAAUUCGUGAACUUGUCUUCUGUUGCAUGGCAGCUUCAUCCUUAAGUAUUUUACUCCACGUUCUAAAAUCAGGCGCGUUGGUAAACAGGGGACCUGAAUAAAAAGUAUUGACUACCUCGGGAAAUGCAGUCAGAGCAGCAAUAUAUAAGAUGUAAAGGGUUCAGAGAUAUAUUCGAGAGAACAUCAAUAUAUCGAGAAAUGACUAAUCUAAGAUGACUGACGACUGUAGGAUUUGUGAGGUAUGACGUAUACAAUCGUGAUCUGUUGCGGAUUCGUGAUCGAGCGCCUUCAGUUAGAGGAAUCCAGUCAAGCUAAUGCAGUCAGCACCAAAUGUCGAAGACCCAAAGAGCUAUUGAUUUUGAGGAUUUACUUACCGCUAAAAUUAUAACAACAAUCAGACCUGAUAUCCUAAUGAAAACUGACUAAUGUAGGAAAUUUCUACUAUCCAGCUCUGUGGUAAAGAUAGGGAUCGUCUGUAUUGUAAUUGAUAUCACUUACAAAGCAAUGAAAAUCCAAUCACUGUCUCACGUCAAAGUACCUCUGUUCUGUUCACUUGGAAAUAUUCUGUCGAUUAUACUUAUUAAAUUCAUAUCAGUAAAAGCAGGCCAAAUCAUCAUUCAUGUGUUGUUGAGCGAGGAAUGAACUAAUGGUUCUGAAAAGUUAAUUGACCUCAUACGAACUCACUAUCAAAAUCCUAAACUAGAACAUCAGAUUCAGUGAAUUUUUCACAGCUUUGUUAUGGACUUUCCGAAACUUUCUAACAUGAUGCACUCGUCACGAAGAUAGUACUUAUCAGACAUUAGGAUACAUUGUACCACUUCUCUAUGACAUAUGUCCGCUUGAAAUUUAUCUAUACGUUCCCUUAUAUUACUUGUAUGCUCAUCAGGAAUCAGUCUUCAUUUAUUAUACUGCUAUCCCAUUUGUGUUUAAAUCUUUCACGAGGUAAAUAAAGUAAACACAAUGCUAUGAAAUCGUAGCAACUGAAUUUAACCACAACUCAUAUAGUAGUGUUGUACAUAGGCAAUAACUUAAUUAUGAAUCAUUUGAAUAUUCCACGUGAAGAAAACUUCUUUUCUAAAUUCGGACAGUAUGAAUUCGAGAGAGCAAAGAAGCGUGAAGAACUUAUGCAAGACUACUUGGAAUUCAAACAAAGAGAGGAAAAGAGCUUCCAUAAUAGAUUCUCCGAUAAAAAGAAAAAUUGUCAUCGACCACUUGACUCCUCGGGACCUUUGGAGGUGCUUGACAGUUUUCCAAAUAUAAAUGAAUCGUUUGGUGUACAAUAUGAGCUACCAAAGAGUGAUUUUGGAUGCAGGUUGACGGAACUAGAAAAGAAAAUCAACACCCUGUUUAACGAUCAAAGGCCUGUAGUGCACUCUAACAGACCUGAUGUAAAUGAUAAAUCCUUAGUAACAUAUGAUAGGGGUGUUCCCAUUAUCAAGGAAUUAAAGAACAACUCAGUACCUAACAGUCCGGAUGCAGCAGACAACAGAUACGAAGAUUUAAAAAAACGUCUACACCAAAUAACUGAAGCAGACAAACAUCUUAGUCUUAUAGAGGAAGAAUACAAUAAGCUAAAGAAUAUUCAAAGUCCGUAUACGUUAGACCAUAAAAAUCCAACGAACCAGGGUCUUCGUAACUUAUCGUUCAACUCGUGGAAGUCUGAAAAGAAUGAAGUAAAAUACUCGGAGCAAAAUUUAAAGGAUAAUUACAGAAAAGAGUUAGAGUCACAAAUUGCUGAGACAGAGAGAAAGCGUUCAUAUGAAAAGGCAGAUAGCAUAAAAGACAGUGCUAUGUGCCCAAUACCCACUUAUGCAUAUAGAAAUUCAGAAAUGGAGUCAAAUAAAAUAAACUCAAAUGAGACACAUUUAAAUUCGACAGAAUGUUUAUACUUUGAUGUAGGACAAAGAGAUUUGCUCGCAAUAAAUACAUCACCCUCUGGAAUGUUGAAUGUUAGUGUUGGUAGUGGUAAGAAUGUGAAUACAGUGCAAAACCCAACGGACCUAAAAUUUAAAAAAAUGCAGUAUGCUGAGGAGUUAAAAAAACAAAUUGAGGAGGCAAGGGCGAAAAAAGCUAAGCAGAAAGAGGAUGACGAAGAAUAUAAUAGAAAGAUCGAGGAGCAGAACUGCAACCUUGACUUAUCAAGAGAAAUCCAUCCUCCUCAACAAAACAUGUCGAAUUCUGUCAACCCCGAACAAUUUCCUGACCAACAGGCGCGUACCGGUCUAGAUGUGUCGAAAGAAAUCCACUUUGAAGCUUCAGAUACAGCUUCAACAAAUUUCGAACCUAAUUUCGCCAGAGGUGGACAUGGAAUAUUUGGCAGCCCAUUAACGGAGAUACAGAAACACAAUCUCCAAAAGUACAAAAAAGAACUGAAUCAGCAGAUAGCGGAGAGACGUCAGUUUAUGGAGCUUAAGAAACAAAAAGAAAUUGAGCUUGAGCAACGCGAGAUGGAAAGGAUUAGAGUAGAACGGUUGAAAAUGCAGAAAGAGUUCGAAGCGGAACAAGAACGGAAGCAAAAUAAAGUUGAGCGAGAUAUUCAACAACUGAGCGACAAAAGUGAUGAGUAUAAAUUAAAACGUAAAGAAGAGCAUACUGGAAAUAAAACAAAGUCGGUUGAGAUGAGGAACACUAGGUACAAACAUCCAUCAAAAAAGAUGAAGUCACCAACAUGCAGUCCUAAAAUCUUAAUAGGACCAGAAGCCAGCAAACUAAACCACUUGAAGCAGUUUGGUAGUGAGACAUCUGAUAAACACAGCAGUGAAAAGACGCAGUCAAUACUGAAACAGCUAACCGCAUUAAAAGUUCAACUAGACAGGGAAAAAUCCAAAACUGAGUCGGUGUAUUACCAACAGAAACAUACUCGUGGUAAUAACAAAGAACGUAUGGAGGUUGGCACAUGUAAACAACGAUCCCGACCCCGAAUGAACAUAAAAGCUGUAGAACUAUUCCAAGAUGCUUCAGUUUUUAAUAAAAAUAACACUCAUGUUUCUUCAGGGCGAAUGCCUAGUCAUGUUCAGGACGUUGAGCCCGAAAGUUUGUUGGAAGAGCCUUACAUAGAAGAUUUAAGAGAUGUAGACCGGAAACAGAUAACUCUCUUGAGAAAGCAAAACAAUCAUCUCCAAGAGUUGAGAACGGAACUGUUGCAAAAUAUUAAGGAUAAAAGCAGAGGUCAUUCAGUAAGGGAGAAGAAUGUUCAAAACUGCAACCCAUCCGCAAUGCAAAACCCAAUAUUAGAUGAGAAUGAUUCGCUAAUUAAAUCUCAAAAUGAGUCAGAUGAGAUGCUACACUCAACUUCUUUGUCUAACGGGUCUAUUGACCUAAAUCAAAUCGCCGAAAAAAAUAAGCAGCGUUUGUUGAGACUAGAUGCGAUCCAGCUAUUAACUGAAGUAAGUGACGAUCCUGAAUCAGUUUUACAGCGUUUCGUUGGUGAACAUGACAGGAUGUUUUCAAGUGAACACAAAAACAACAUUUUUAACUAGUUCAACUCGACGUCCCGUAUUUCAGUCUUACUGACAUAAUCUUUAGAGUAUAUGUAAGCCAUAUAUCUGUAAUAUAUUUCUGAGGAAAAUGUAUCUAAGUACAUUUCAUUAAUAAUUCAUGUACUGAGAUUAUUCCAGGAAUUUUAUAAAAGAUAUUAUUGUUUAGAACCUAUGGGUUUAUUUUAUCUUAUAAUCGGUUCUAGGAUUCAAGGAAAUAUUCAUCAUUAGGACUGCAAAAAUAUGAUCAUACGAGAAUAAACGUCUGAAAACCAUUCUUAGCUUAUUUAUCUCAAUGUAGUCAUCAGGUAUUGGAGUAAAGAAUAAUUAAUCUGUAGUUUAAUGCGUAAUUUAUAUUGAUAAGUGCACUUUGAGAAACUUGCAAAAUUUGUAUUAAUUGGACAACAAAAGUUGCUUAUAGCCUUUACAGGUGAAAUCAACUCAAGUAAAAACGUUACGGUUCAUAUAAGUGAAAAACUGAAUUAUCUAGUAGUCUCAUAAGAUACAGACUCAAGUAAUGUAAUGUCCAGACACUAAACGAUGAGAAUGAAAUUAAGAGGAAGUUACUGAGGUAAAGCUCUAAAUUAUUAUUCAAAUAUGAAAAGAGAAUUACUGUAAUGUCCAAUACGUUCAUACGCAAGCAAAUUACAGAGUUCUCUUUACAUACAGUAAAAGAGCAGUCCAUGUUUUACGUGUGACAGUUUGGAAGGUUAUAAGGGCACUAAACCAAAUAUUAGUAACCCAACUUUCGGUAAGACAAUUUAGAAGUACACUAUAAUUACUUUUACAAAAUAAGUUUCACAGAAGUAUAAUGAUACAAAACGGGAAACUGUGGUGUAAUUUACUUCCACACCAGAAAGCAUUGCAAAUCAACGUAAGCCGUGGCCGGUUAUACCCCAUAAGUGACCAAACCACCUCAUUCGAAGAGCGAUUACCUUGCAAACCGACCUGUCAUCUUUAACUAAUACUCUGAGUCCAGCGUCAGCAACGCUUACUCGGUGGUCUCGGCACACCAGGAUAAUACUCUGGAUGGAAAACAUUAGUAACGUAUCUACUCCAAUAGCCACGUUUCACCGCCAUAACGUCAAGCAGAACCUAAUGUUGUUCGCUGUACUUGCCCCUUGAUUAGCAGGCAAAUAUCUCUCCUGUCUGACAGGUGACGAAAUUUGGUAACAGCCAACCGAGCUUUCUGAAUCCGUAUCAAGAUUUCACCACAGACCAACCAUCUAGGACUUCUGGAACUUCUGAAACAAGAGAACUAGUUGACGCUCCCAAUUCAUUCAACACCUGUGAUCAAUCUAGACGAUGAUGUAGAUCAGUCCUGAUGAAAGUGCAUCUCACACAAGCUUGAAUUUUUAUCAAAGGUGAUCAGAAGACUGUAUUUUUACCAGCGUUCUCAUAGAAGUAUCUUAUCUGCAUGUUUUGAGUCAAUAAGUGAGUCUCCCGGUAGGAAAACAACCCAUAGGAAGUGAGAGGACGAGUGUAUUAUCUCUCAAAGAAUGUCUAAAACAAAGUUAAAUAAGAAUAGGGAAAGUAUGCAAACCUGAUAUGUGAAGUUAUAGGUUCCAUAGCCUAGUUGUAGUAAUUAAUAUGAAGAGACAAGUUGAAUAUUAAAAUACGCAUUAUCGCUAGCUGUACACUCGUAAUUUUAAUCGAAACUAAACUUCAACAGAACUAUCGUCUGAAAACUAGAAAUUUAGUCUGUCUUAGGCUACAUGUAUGACUAAUCAUUCGUAAUUAUAAAACGGAAGUUGCAUAAUGAUUCGAGGUCAAAUUUAUUUUCAUCGGCAACAACUGACAAACACACUGGAGGGUUUUACGAUUUGUUAUCAUCCAGUAUAUAUGUAGUUUCCGACUCUUCGAAGCUACCAAACACACAUCCCAUUCAUGGCUGAAAAUAACACUUAUUGAGUUUACAGGUUGAUUUAGUGAAUACAGCAAACAAAAUUUCAACCGCAUCUAUCGCAAUGCCAUACGGUCAUUUUAUUUCUCCUGCUCAGUAUUGAUCGAUUCACCAUUUCAAUGCAAAACUCGAUGCCCGAUUCCAAUAUUUGCUAGCUACUUCUUGCAUCACAAAUUAUCAACAGGUUGAUUCUAACUUCAGAUCAACACGGUGCUCAAAAAUACACAAUAACUUGGAGAGUGCUGUUAAUAUUCUUAUCUAGGAAUUACUACAAGAGAUUAUGGCACUUGCAAUUUGAAAGACGGACUUACGUUUCGGUAUUUCAUAUAAGAAUUAAGAAGUUGUACUUGAGUACAUUUUUAUAAGGUUUGUCAGAGCUGAGGAAAUGGUAUCUUCCAUAUCUUCGUCGGAUUAAUUACUUCCCGAAUUUGAGUACAUCUUGAAUAAAAUUCACCAAAAUGCCCACGAAAUACUAGACAACAGUUUAUUCAUCAAAUAAAAUGAAUUAGUAUAAGUCUGACUAUAAUUUAGCACCCAACUUCCAUAAGUCAGAGCCAAGAUAUGUAUAAAAGGCAUGAUUUUCAAGAGUGAAGUAAAUGUAGUAAGGUUUGAAUGCUUAUACAGUUAUAAGCCUUCAUAUAACCAGUAUACUUUACCGUGGGCCUAUCAUUAUUUUUAUGUUAGAUAAAAAAUAUUUUUUUAGCCAACCUGAGCUUUUUCUUUUGAAAAUUCACAGAAAUGAUUCGUUUGAGAUACUCAUUAUUUUGAAUGCAGGAGACUGAAGUAUAGCUGAUAGGAAUCAUUUAACCACCCCAAUUACGUAGACGUAUUAAACUCGGGAUAAUACUGAGUAAAUGAUGUAUGGUAUUCUUAAAGGUGAGGUUAAGAGCAACUACAUGAAAAACAAAUAGAGUUUAGUUGUCAUUAAGAAACAACCCAAUAGUCACUCAUACAUAAGUAAGGAAUGGCAUCCCGACCGAAGCUGCUACGUUGACGCGGUCGUCGGGCUUGCCUAUCGUGAUGACCCAACCGAGCUAUAUUGGCUGGAACAUAUGUUCCUGAAGGUCCUACCAUGCCAGGCAGGUCGAUUGGAGAACGGUAAGACUAAAAGCAGCAACUCAAGGUCUGAGGGAGAAGUCGUACUGCUGACUGUAGAGGGGUGUGACAGCAGUAAGGUGUUUCCCUCGGACAACCAGCAUCUGCAGCGAUGCUGCCUUCCCAAAGGGAGGGGUGGGAUUAGAAAAGGUCGACCCUAAAACUGUCACACCUCACAUUACCUCACGGAUUUCCGUCUCCGGUGGUAACGCCAUUUGAAGAACGGAGCUAACACAUUAAAAACCUUCCACGAAAGGGCCGUGCGCGACCGGCCUCAAGCAGUUGUCCCUUGGGCUCAGUGGUCACGUUCCCAGGUCGUUAAAACCAACACUAAUCCGACUUCUUUUUCAAGUUCCUCAAGAAAUACCCUUCCACGGUAUGGGCAGCCGGGAAGCGAUAUCAGCCCUCAUACCCCUAACAGCACACGAGACCAAGUUGGUCACAUUCAAAUCCUUCCUACACCUCUUAAUACCUCUCUUAUCUCCAUGACUAACCCUCCUCACGUCCCUUUAUCACCUCGCACCGCUAGGGCAAACGAUUCGAGUACGUGGAACUCUAUUCCUGGUCUCCUGAAACCACGCUCUAAACUACACAUAGGAGCUUUUAACGUACGAACACUGUGCCAAAUAGGACAACAGGCUUCCUUAGCUAGGAUUUUAGAAUCCCACGCCAUCGAUGUGUGCUGCGUCUCCGAAACGCGCAUACAGGAUCCGAGUAGCGUCAUUCAUGUAUGUAUCUGGAAGCCUUGAUUCUGCUUCCCGUGGCCUAGCCGGCGUAGUUAUAGUAUUGAGUCCUAGGGUAGAACUAUCUCUCUUAGAGUGGAUUUCAGUAGACAGUCGUUUGUGCGCUGUCCGACUGAACGGAACAGUAAGAAUCCGGAAAGAUAGGGACACUCGUCGUUUCCUCUUCGUCGUCUCUGCCUAUUCUCCCACUGAGUGCAGCGCAGAUGAUGUAGAAGAUGUGUUUUACAGAAAGCACUCCGACCUUCUCCGAAAAGCUAGGCGCUCUGAUGUAGUAAUAGUGGCCGGUGACUUUAAUGCUCAAGUUGGUAAACUAAGCGAUAGAGAAAGACACCUGGGUGGAUCUUAUAGUGUCGUGGCUCAAAGAACAGAUAAUGGCAACCGUCUGUUGCAACUAUGCUCAGAUAACUGCCUCUUUCUUGAAAAUACUAAUUUUAAGCGUAAGGAAAAACAUCUUUUAACAUGGAGACCGCCUAAUUCAUCCCAACGUUGGACCUAAAUAGAUCACAUCGCUAUCAGCCACCGAUGGAGGGGAUCGACAGAAGACUUUCGCUCAUUCUGGAGCACAUGCUUAGAUUCAGAUCAUGCUCUAGGACGUGCGCGUAUCUGUCUGCUUCUUACUGGACGUAGGAAAGACGCUGCAAGAAAACCUCUUAGGGCCCUACUUAAUGAUAGUCAAGCUAAGAGUAUAUUUCAGGAACAACUAGGAAAACAGUUACGCAGCCAUGUAUGUGAUGCCCACCCUGAGGCAGCAUAGAAUGAUAUCCGAAAAGCUGUGGAAACAGCAGUG